UAGGGCUUUUAUUCAUUUCCUUCUAUAGUUCUAUUCUCUCGGUGUCUCCCGAGCGCCAAAUAGCCAAAUACAACACUGUUCCCCUUCUUCAUCACCAAGUAGAAAUAUAAUCGACCCGUUUUCAUUUUCUCCAGAAGAAAAAAUCAAAAAACUUGAAUGUGAGUGAUGCAAGAAUAGAAGUCGCAACGAAUUUAGUGCGCAAUAAUUACCGAUUGAUGACAAAACAAGACCAAUGUUUUGCGGCAGACCCACAUUCCUCCGAUUGAAGCUCAUUCGAAGUCAACAUUUCUGCACCAACACCACAAAACCCACUCCCAAUAACAGCAACAAACACAAGAUUGAAUCAAGUAUUACUAGAUACAAUGAAACUUAUCGCCAAUUAGAUAAUCUUGAUUUCAUGACUGCUACUAAAAUUCUCUUCAAUGAACCGCCCAAGCAAAAGAAGUUCGGGCUCGAUUUCCAUCUGGUACAGCUCUUCUUUGUCUGCUUGCCUUCAUUAGCUGUAUAUUUGGUGGCGCAGUAUGCUCGGAAAGAAAUGAAAAAAAUGGAUGCGGAACUCGAGGUGAUGAAAAAAUCAGAAGAGGAAAAAGCAAAAGAGUUGGAAGAAAAAGCUAUUAAAGAGAGAGAAGCUAAGGCUCACCCAGAGCUGUUAGAGGUGAAAGGGAGACUGGAUAAGCUAGAGGAAGCUAUAAAGGAAAUUGCAGUUGAAUCAAAGAAACGGCCAGGUGAUAAUGCAACCAGAAAUCAGGAUGACGGUAUUACGAAAAAACAAAUUGCACCAAUAAAACCCGGUGACAGCCAAAGCACAUCAGAAUCAAGAGAAUCCACAGAGAAGGCACUUCUUGGCAAACCACCACCGUCUACUAAUACUUCUCAGCAGCAUCCGAAGAGCAAAGCCAUAAAUGAAGGAACUUCUGAAGCGACUAGAAUUUGAAGAACAUCAUUUAUUGGUAAAUUCUGUAGAGAAACAGGUUUUGUUUUUUAACAAAGCAUGUGUCAAUAAUACAGUAGGCUGUUUUUGCAUUAUGAUUUUUUUGAUUUGAAUGUCUGGCAUAGUUAGUUGCUUACAGUUACAGUUAAAGAAAGUUGCUAGAAACUUAAGUAUGCAUAGCAUGAGUUCUUUUUCUUCUAGCUCUGUAUAGACCUGUUCAAUGGACUCCGUACGUGCCCUUUCUGCCCAUCUUCGGCCAGGAUUGAACACUUAAUUUUACUAUUAAAUCCGAGUCCGUAUUAGACUUGUUUGUU